AUGUUUGACUCAAUUGUAAAUGGACUUUCCGCUUGGCAGGUAGUGGAUAAGCAGAAUUUAGCGGCAACAACUAUAAUAGGUUUUGCAUGUGCCCUUUAUCUGAUAAUCUACUUACUUUCUCACAAACCCAGACAACCACUUCCGGAAGAAUUGCAAUACCAAACCAUCAAUGCCUCGGGAAAGAUAAUCACUAGAACGUUGCCCACGUUAAUGGAAAUGAAAGAGAAGAAAUUAGAUAGUGAUGUCAUACUUUCUGUCGUCAUACCAAGUUAUAACGAGACGGCCAGGAUAAAAAGCAUGUUAAGUGAAUCAAUCAAAUAUUUAGAUGAAUCCAUACAUAAGAGAUGGGAGAUUUUAAUCGUGGAUGACGGAUCUAGUGAUGGUACUAGUGAAUAUUGUUUGAAAUUGGCACAUGAAAAAUUCCAUUUGCAUAACGGUGAAUUGAGGGUCUUGAAAUUCUUCCAAAAUAGAGGUAAAGGUGGUGCUGUUAGGGAGGGAAUGUUGCAUGUUCGUGGUAAAUACACAUUAUUUGCUGAUGCUGAUGGUGCCAGUAAAUUUAGUGAUGUGGAAAAAUUAAUGGCAUCUGUACAAAAUAUGGAAAGAAUUAAAGAAGGUACCAACACAUAUCCUGCCAUUGCAUUGGGAUCUCGUGCUCAUAUGGUUAAUACAGAGGCAGUCAUUAAGAGAUCAUUACUCAGAAAUUGUUUGAUGUAUGGGUUUCAUACUUUAGUUUACAUAUUUGGGAUUCAUUCAAUUAAAGAUACACAAUGUGGAUUUAAAUUGUUUAAUAGAGAAGCCAUUGAACAAAUUUUCCCAUAUUUGCAUACAGAAGGUUGGAUCUUUGAUGUGGAAAUUUUAAUCUUGGCGAUGAGGAAAAAUAUUGCAUUUAAGGAAAUACCAAUUUCAUGGCAUGAAGUUAGUGGUUCCAAGAUGGAUCUUGCUAUUGAUAGUAUUAUGAUGGCAAAGGAUUUGGUUGUUAUCAGAAUGGCAUAUUUAUUUGGAAUUUAUCAAGAUACUAGAGUAGUUACAAAAUUAGAUUAA